GUGCGCGUUAAGUUAAAAGUUUAAUGUUAAAAUUGCGAACUGACACUUAGCACAACAUAGCCAAUUCCCGUGCUCAUUCCAGCGCGUGCUUUCCAGUACACUUUCCAGUGCGCCCAUGAGUAUGCAGAGAAAAUGACAGCACUGGCAGCAGCACAAGCAGAGCAGAAAUCAACAUCGUUGCGAAUUUAGAUAGCAAAAAAAAAGGAAAGAAAGCAGAAAAGUUGACGCCAUUGAGCUGGCCAAGAGACAAAAAGCCAAGGUUUGAGCUCCCUUGGCACAUUGAUUGGAUAAUCGAAGCGCGCACGAGGCCACAUAAUAACAAGAGCUAGCAAAAAAACACAACGUUAAACAAAUCGCCAAAUACGAAAUCAUUUACGAUGUCCUAGUAAAAAGCACGACAAACAGAAACGUGGGCGAGUGCAGCUGAAGCAAAUGCGUCAGCAUGGCAUCCGGCGACGGCGACACCAUCAACACCAUCGACAUGGACAGCUCCUCCACAUCGCAAGCUAAACUUGCGGAGCCUAGCAAUGCCUCCACCGACCAUGUGGGUAACUCAUCGCCCGACUUGGGCAGUCGACCCUUGCGCGCGGCCAACAAAUCGGAUAAGGAGCGCAAGAUUGGACAUCGACGAGUUGGCGAAGGCGGCGAGAUUACCUACAAGAAAAUACAGACAUCCCAAAUUAUGGGCUCCAUACAGCUGGGCAUACAACAUACCGUUGGCAGCCUGGCUUCGAAGCCCAAACGUGAUCUACUUAUGAUGGACUUCUGGGAAAUAGAGAGCAUUACGUUUCCGCCAGAGGGUUCUAGCCUUACACCUGCCCACCAUUAUAGCGAAUUCAGAUAUAAAAUCUAUGCGCCAAUUGCAUUUCGUUACUUUCGUGAUCUCUUUGGCAUACAACCAGAUGAUUUUAUGAUGUCUAUGUGCACUUCACCGUUGCGUGAAUUAUCAAAUCCAGGUGCUUCCGGUUCAAUAUUCUAUCUGACAGACGACGAUGAGUUCAUUAUCAAAACAGUGCAACAUAAAGAGGGUGAAUUUUUACAAAAACUACUGCCUGGUUACUAUAUGAAUCUAAAUCAAAAUCCGCGCACGUUAUUGCCAAAGUUCUUUGGCCUUUACUGCCUGCAGACAAGCAAUGCCAAAAAUAUACGUCUGGUGGUGAUGAACAAUCUGCUGCCAUCCGCAGUGCGCAUGCAUCUGAAAUAUGAUCUGAAGGGCUCCACAUUUAAGCGCAAGGCAUCGAAGGCGGAGCGUGCCAAGAAGUCGCCCACAUACAAGGAUCUGGAUUUCAUGGAGCAGCAUCCAAAUGGCAUUUUUCUGGAGGCCGAAACCUACUCCGCGCUGAUCAAAACCAUACAGCGGGACUGCACAGUGCUGGAGUCGUUUAAGAUAAUGGACUAUUCGCUGCUGCUGGGUGUGCAUAAUCUGGAUAUAGCCCUGAAGGAGAAGCAGAGUGAGCUGAAGAAAACACCACUGCGUGCGCCGCUGGCUGAGGACUCCGACGUGGACGAGCCACUGGACGAGGCAGAGGGCAAGGAGUUUAAUGCAGCCACAGGCAUAAGCAGAAAUAAUGCGGCAUACAGAUCAGUGAAUCGUCAGCGUUUGGUAGCACAUUCAACUGCUAUGGAGAGCAUACAAGCGGAAAGCGAACCCAUUGAUGAUGAGGAGGAUGUGCCACCUGGCGGCAUUCCAGCGCGCAGUGAAAAGGGCGAGCGUUUGUUACUCUACAUUGGCAUCAUUGACAUACUGCAAUCGUAUAGACUUAAGAAAAAGCUGGAGCACACAUUCAAAAGCAUUAUACACGAUGGCGAAACCGUUUCGGUUUGUCGUCCAUCGUUCUAUGCUCAAAGAUUUCAAAACUUUAUGGCUAAGACCGUUUUCCGCAAAAUACCAUCGCUGGAUCUCCCAGAGAUCAAAGGAAAUCACAGAAAAUUUCGUACCUUGGUAACCAGCUAUAUAGCAUGUCUCUCAAUCGCACCGCUGAAGCAUUCGCCCUCGAAAAGAAAAAGUCUCUCCAAGGCCAUACAACGCUCCAUCGACAGCGAGAACGAAACGACAAGGCCCUCGCAUUCGCAUAGCAGCGGCAAACUGCAUCAGUCGAGUAAAGCAGAGCCUGUGUUUGCUACAGUCAGCGCAGAAAGGGAACGUGAUAGGGAUAGAGACAGGGAUCGUGAUCGGGAUCGAGAUCGGGAGCGUGCAGGCGACAAUGGACGUCAUUCCAGCGCUGCGCAGGCAGGCUCGCUGCCACCGCCUGUGCGUCAACGUGGCAGCAAUUCCUCCUCGUCCGCAGCUGCAGCCGCGGGUGGCAGCAAUUUGAAGGCGCGCGUGCCACCGCCAGUGCCACCGCGUGGCUCGCCACGUCGCAGGGAUACGCCGGAUAGUCGCGCAGGCACAACACCAUCAUGCAGCUCAACCCCGCCCCCUGCCUUUGACGAUAUCUCCGAGGACAGCUCGAAUAAGCACAGCAGCUCCUCCAUGGGACGGCGUACACAUCAUCACCAGCAAUCGUCGCAGUCGUCAUCGCAUUCGCAGUCGUCCUCGCAUGUCUAUCAAUCGCCGCAGUACUUGGAGCGUAAAAUGAACAUUGGACCCGCUUAUCGUGGCUCCUACAAAGAGGAUAUCGUUAGCGUCUCUGAGGUGCAUUUGGAUACGUUUCUGGCGGUGGACACUUCAUCGAGCAGUCAUUAUGGCUCGCGUGGUGGACUGGCCUGGACACCGCCGGCUUCAGGUGAGGGCUCCACACCCACUUGGACAGAGGGUACGCCCAGCUUUACGGACUCCAGUUCGAGUGGUGAUCUCGACAACUUCUCGCCCAUAAACUCAUCUAAAAUCGAUCGACACAAGCCGACCGUGGAAGAUGCCAUCAACUCUCUGUCCUCGGGAAUGAUCAACUAACAUAGCAUGUGAUGAUGGAUACUAUACACAAACACAACAACAAUAACACCUCCAUCACCAACAACAACAACUCUAUAUGGUGUGAACAGAAAAACGUUGAAAAGUACGUCUAAGAAAAAGAAAUUUGCUUACGUGUUCAGUACAGUUGUGUGCAUAUGUAUGUGCACUUGUAUAGCUAGGAUAUAAUCAAAAAGCGCCCACAAUCCAACAACCUCAUAUCCUAUCUUUCAUAAAGACACACACACACAUACAGAUAGACAGAAUAUCCCUAUAUACAUAUAUAUUGCUAUAUACACAAAAAGGA